AUGCAUCUACAACUAGUACUCAAGCACCACAACUACCACUACUACCCUACCCACAACUACAUCCUCAUCUAUAACUACUCCCCAACCAACAACUACAGCCACAACUACCACUACUACCCUACCCACAAAUGCAUCUACAACUAUUCCAAUUAUAACUACUCCCCAACCAACAACUACAGCCACAACUACCACUACUACCCUACCCACAACUACAUCCUCAUCUAUAACUACUACGCAACCAUCAACACCUACAGUCACAACCACCACUACUACCCUACCCACAACUACAUCCUCAUCUAUAACUACUACGCAACCAACAACACCUACAUUCUUGCAACCACUACCACUCUACCAACGACAAGAAAGACCACCACCCCAUUACCAACAACUACAAUAACAGCCACUACAACCCAGUCCACAAGCUUUACACCUAAUGGUCCAACUUCUACUACAGUUCCAAUUAUAACUACUCCCCAACCAACAACUACAGCCACAACUACCACUACUACCCUACCCACAACUACAUCCUCAUCCAUAACUACUCCCCAACCAACAACUACAGCCACAACUACCACUACUACCCUACCCACAAAUGCAUCUACACCUAGUACUCAAGCAGUAACAACUACAGCUUUCACUACUACUCAACAAACAACUACAGUUUCACCCACAACAACCACUACUCAAUCAACACCUGCAACUCCAAUUUUCACUUCUACUAAGUCCUCAACUUCUCUUAUUACAACUACUAUCAUUCUACCAAAAACAAGAAGCACCACCACCCUAUUAGAAACAACUACAGUACCAACCACAACUACAACCCAGUCCACAACUUUUACACCUAAUGGUCCAACUUCUACUACAGUUCCAAUUAUAACUACUCGCCAACCAACAACUACAGCCACAACUACCACUACUACCCUACCCACAACUACAUCCUCAUCCAUAACUACUCCCAAACCAACAACUACAGCCACAACUACCACUACUACCCUACCCACAAAUGCAUCUACAACUAGUACUCAAGCAGUAACAACUACAGCUUUCAGUACUACUCAACAAACAACUACAGUUUCACCCACAACAACCACUACUCAAUCAACACCUGCAACUGCAAUUUUAACUUCUACUAAUUCCCCAACUUCAGUUCUUGCAACCACUACCACUCUACCAACGACAAGAAAGACCACCACCCCAUUACCAACUACAAUAACAGCCACAACUACGACCCAGUCCACAACUUUUACACCUAAUGGUCCAACUUCUACUACCGUUCCAAUUAUAACUACUCCCCAACCAACAACUACAGCCACAACUACCACUACCACCCUACCCACAACUGCAUCUACCACUGAACUACCAAAUACUACUCCAGUUACCACUAGUACUUCACCCACCACUAGCAUCACAACCAAACCUAAGACUAUAUCUCCAUCAACAACUACUUCUCAACAAACAACUACAACCGCUCCUACUACUCCCACUAAUAGAAGAGGUACUACUACAAAUAUGAAAACAACAUCUACACGCACCGUAUCUAGAGAUUCUGCUACGGGAUUAGAAGUUCCCCUAAACCUGACCUUCAAAAUACCUAAAGAAUUUGAUUAUGCCCUCACUAACAGCAGUUCUGCGGAGUAUAAAGCACUGGAAAAUACUGUUGUUCUUCAGGUACAUUAGCCCAUGAGUGACAAAGAAAUGUUUUACAGUUAUUCUCUUCAACACUGCUUUCUGUCUGCAUCAGUAGUUCUCAAAAUCUGCCUUCGGGACCUACUGCCCUGCUUGUUUUCCAGCUAUCUCUGCCCCAAACACAAGUCCCAGCUGUCUUUCAGCUUCUGAUUGACUGAACACACCUGAUCCAGGUAAUCAGCAGUGUG